GUAGAGUGAGGAAGAAAUUCACAACACCAACAUCAGAUUCCUUCCAGUGAAGAAAAAAGGACACCAACAAAUCACCAUGACUCUCCCUUUCAAGUAAGAGUUGUCACUAUCAACACUUGGGGCCAGAGGAACAGUGGAAGGAUGAGUCUAACACCAGAGAACAGGGGUCUCCCCUGAAAGUUUGCCUUCGGAGCUCUAAGUACAGGCUCCGGAGCAAAUGGUUAUCAGGGGAAGAACCCUGAACAUUUGCAUCAUGACGAAUACACACGUCACCUGAGAGUUUGCCUCCGAAGCUUCAAAACACAGCCCCUGGAGUGAACAGUCCUCAGGCAGAGAAGACGCCUGAAGAUUUGCUUCAUGAACAAAUACACGUACCUGGAAAGAAGAUGCCUUCAAUGUUUGACAAAGAACCUUUCCAGAUAUGCUGCAGAUAUUAAGUCAUUGCCACCCAACAUAAAGGAUAAACUUAUUAAAUUAAUGAGUAGUCAAGGGCAAAUAACAGAUUCAAAUAUCAGUGAGGUAUUGCACCCUGCUGUAGAGUCUCUAGACCUCAGAGACUGUGAUAUUUCAGAUAAUGCAUUAUUGCAGCUUUAUAACUGCAAGCAGCUGAAAAAAAUCAACUUGAAUUCUUGUAAAGAAAACAGAUUGGGAAUCACUUCGGAAGGUGUCAUAGCGCUGGCCUUGUCCUGUCCUUACUUGCGUGAAGCGUCUUUUAAAAGGUGCUGCGAUAUAACUGACAGUGGAGUUCUUGCUCUUGCGCUCAACUGCCAGUUCCUACAAAUAGUGAACUUGGGCAGCUGUUCAGGAAUCAUGGAUGCAUCUCUGCAGGCACUAGGACAAAACUGCAAAUUUCUCCAUAGUGUGGACUUCUCAUCUACUCAGGUAACAGAUGAUGGCGUUACAGCACUAGUGAGUGGAAAAUGUUCAAAGAAUUUAAAGGAGAUCCACAUGGAACGCUGUGUGAAUCUGACUGAUGUUGCUGUGGAAGCCGUCCUUACUUGUUGUCCGAAGAUACACAUUUUUCUGUUCCAUGGGUGCCCAUUGGUGACAGAUCGUUCCAGAGAUGUUUUAGAGCAGCUAAUCAUAUCAAACAAAAUCAAGCAAGUAUCAUGGACUGUUUACUGAUUAUUUAUCAUGUACAUAUGAGUGUAAAGUUUACAGAUGGGAGAGCUCUUUCAGAAAACAAGCACCUCUGAGAAAGAGCUGGUGACUUUGGCAACACCGGAUUGCAUCCCUCCUUGUUCCCACCAGAGGCCUCCAUCGCCAUUCCAGUCCUUGCCUGUGAGUCUGGGCUUCCCAGUUGUCUCUGCUUAGAGCUCUGUCUGUCUUUGCGUCGCUGAUCAUACUUCAUUAAGAGGAAAGUUAAACUAUAGUUAGCAUUACACUGACAUCGCUCAGCCUCCUUGAAGUAUCAGAGUUGGCUACUACUUAGCACCUUAGCUACAUAUACAAACUCAAGUAAUAUACAAACUCAAGUAAUAUACAAACUCAAGUAAUAUACAAACUCAAGUAAUAUACAAACUCAAGUAAUAUACAAACUCAAUUUAAGUAAGUCUCUGUUCUGAGUUUGUAGUCUGAGAGGCUAGUUACAACUAAAAAUAAAGUUGGACCUUUAAUCUGACAAAAGUCAACGACCAGAACUGGUGAAUGGAGGUGGCAUUAACAUCAAUGCAAAUGUAUUUUAAGUAGUAACAAACAGUCUCCUUUCACCAUGUACUUUUACUAGGUCUGGAAUGGCAGAUAUGUAUUUGCUCUGGCUUUUGCCUGUGUUCCUGCAUGAAAAUCCUUUUAGGGAGCAAAAUAUUGGUCCUCGUAAACACAGCUUUGAGUGAAACAGGACCAAACUCAGUGUCUGAGCACAGGAAUCUCAGGAUGAGAUUCAGCUGAGUAUGUGUUCUAUUGUAUGCAUUUUAUUAUUUCUCCAGUGGCCUCCAGAAGCUGAAAAUAACAACCAUUUAUGUGUUGUUCAAUUGUAGUCAUAUUAAAGAAAAAAAACAAUUAGAAGUGUAGAAUUUUAUUACAUGGCAGAGCACUGGUCCUACCACAAUUAUAAGUCAUGUUCAUUUGCUUUCUUGAAACUUCUAUGAUUUCUACAUGAAACAUUUUUAAGUGCUAGCAAUUUCAGCAUUAUGCAGGGCAGGUAGCAUACUAUGUUGAUACUUUGCGUCUGGAAGUGGCAGGGUUUAGCUAGGCUGGUCUUACAUGGAUGUGAUGACACUUGAGUACCCAUGAGUUUAGGCAACCAUAAGGAAUAUGUUUACUUUAACACGUGCCAUAGUCACCCUCGUUUUAAGUGUUGCAGAAAUAAACUAGUUUUCUACUAAUCUAUUCAAAGUUCAGGUCAAAUUGCAUGGAAGAUAAUACUAUGUGUUGCAUCCGGUAAUAUUAAAGGAUAUUAUGUUGUCUGGCAACAGUCUCUUUCUUCUGUUGAUUAUAUGGUUUAUGGAAGAACAAGUCCAUUUUAAAAACUUGUUCAAGUGUGACCGAAAGCAUAAUUUUCAAACUCUGGUGCCUAAAUCUGUAAUUCUUGUUGAAUGCAGUACCAUGGCUUGGGUCUGUGAUGUUUGUGUUCCUAUGAUACCUAUAGGUAUAGCCAUUUCCACAAACAGAAGUUUGUUUUGAUGUGUUAGCAACUAGCAUUUGAAGGCUGUAAUUGCCGCAAAUCUGUGGACUAGAUAAACCAGGGGUGUCAAACUCAUUUUCACCGGGGGUCACAUCAGCCUUGUAGUUGUCUUCAAAGAGCCAAAUGUGAUUUUGGGGCUGUAUAAAUGUAACUACUUCUACUGUGAGGCUGAUGUGGCCCCCAGUGAAAAAUUAGUUUGACACCCCUGAGAUACAGGCUUAAGAACGUAAGUAUAUACCUAGGUCCCAGUUUUAAUCAACCAUAUUUUAUUAUUUUUUUGGCUAAAGACUAGUGUAUUGUUUUGCCAUGCGGGAUGUUUGGUGUCAGUUGGGGCAAAUCAUUCCUUUGAACUCUUGGACAUGAGCUGGCAAUAAAUUUGUUUUGCACUGGUUUUCAUGCUAAUCCAUCUAGCUGAUGAGAAAGCAGCACUGACAGACUCACUGAUCACGUUGAAUAAGUAUAAGGAUCAGGCUGCCCUGGUUUCAGGAACGGUGUUACAAAAAGAGUAAGUAGAAUUGUAAGCUAACUCAGGUGGGAGGGAGCUGUGGGAGGUUCCUAGUCUAACCUCCUGCUCAAAGCAGGGACAGUUCAGAGCAGCUGACUGAGGGCUUUAUCCAGCCAAUUCUUGAAAAACUGAAGGUGACAGAGCCUUCAUGACCUUCCGAGGCAACUUGUUCCACUGCUUGACUAUAUUAAUGGCAGAAAAAAGUUUUUCUUCUGUCCUGUUUGACCCUAUUUUGUUUCAAUUUACACCCUUUCUCGCUGGAAGAGCCUGCCUCUUAUCUUAACAGCCCUCCUCAUAGGUGUGGGCAGGCUCCUCCCUUGAAGCCUUCUCUUUUCCAAGCGUAACAAACCUCAUUUCCUUAGUCUGUUAUUGUAAGACAUGUGACUAUAACAUAGUGUGGUGAUAGUUGCCAGACUCUCAACUGCUACAUCCAAACAGAAAAUUGUAAAUGGAAAUAACAUUAAGCAGCUAAAGGUGGGAGACCUUUAACUUCUGUAACAGCAAAGAACACUUAAAAAAUUCUAUCUGUGGGACAGUGCUACUGCUAACCUCACUGGCAAAGAUGUCCUUUUCCCCCUUGCUAAUGUAACCUUGGAUUUGUCAUGUUGAAGGAAAAUGUGGCUUAUACUGUGUCCUUAAACGUGUAGAUUUACCAUGUUCUUCUAUAACCUCUUCUAAAUGUGUAACUUAGAGGUAUAUCCUCAUCUUGUGCUUAAAAAUCUGUACAACACUGCAAUGAAUUAACAUUGUACUUUUAUGUUUGAAAGUUUAAUCUAAGUCAUGAUAAAUCCUUCAGUGCCAGAGCUUGAGUCUGCUGUCUUAUGGGUUUGUUGCUAGCGUAACUAUACAGGAAUAUUUUUUCAUUCAGGUUAAAUCAGUUAUUUUCCAAAAAUGUUUACAAGUGCUGAGUGAAGUGGGAGAAGAACAUAAUGCAUGCACUUAUCACUUCAUGUUAUGUAUUGUUUGAAUAUUGUUAUCCUUGUAAAUUGUUGGGUGAACACUGCAGAAUAUUCACUUAUUGUUCUGAAGAUUAAAGUUUAAGUCUUCCA